CCCUAACCCUUACCCCAAGGGAUCAAUUUUCGGAGCCCCUAAAUCAUUUCUGCUGACUAAUAAAAUACUUCCCGAAUACGUUUACUAAUAGAUCUAUUACUGAUGCCAAGAGAUUUUUAAACGCGGAUUGUGUCCUCGCUGAAGGUUUAGAUACGUCUCCACUUCUCUCUCCCAAGGAAAAUGUUUACGGCGUAUUGGGAGCUUGCUAAUCUAAGGAAUAGGUAUGUUGGUGGUGGAGAAAAGGGGGUGGGGGCGGAAUUAGUAGAGAUCAGCGGACAUUCUCGCCGACAGCAUGAUUUAAACUUGGUUUUAAUAUAUUUUGCAUGCUUUCAUUCAGAUUUCAUCCAAAUGCAUUAACAUUUCUCGCUUCUCAUUGAUACCGUCUACAUGUCUUCAACACAACCUGCCAUCGUGCUCGUACCUGGGGCCUGGACACCCCCUGCUGCUUAUGCUAAACUAGCGAACGCCUUAAAAGCGAGAUCCUUCACCGUCGAGACUCCGGCCUUGCCAUCGAAUAACGGUGCUCGCCCGCCCAAUUCAUCCCACGAAGACGAUGUGGCGGCAGUGCGAAAGGUAAUCAAAUCGUUUGUCGAUGACGGUAAAGAAGUCAUAGUGUAUAUGCACUCUUAUGGGGCUGUGGUCGGCACGAAUGCUGUCGAGGGUCUUACGAAGAAGGACCGCGAAGCGCAAGGUCUUUCGGGAGGUGUUGUCUAUUUGUUCUAUCUAUGCGGCUAUCUUCUCGCCAAGGGCCAGAGUAUCUGGACGGUUAUAGAGGGGUUUGGAGUGGAAGCAGUGAAGAACCAUCCGUCUAUUACAUUUGAGGAUGAUGGGACAUGGUUUCUGAGUGAUCCCGUAGGUCACCUAUGCCACGACUUAGACCCCGAGGAUCAGGAGGAACAGCGAAAGUUAUCAACACGUCAGAAUAUGGAGGCCAUCAAGGGAAAGGUCGCCUACGAAGCAUGGAGGGACGUCCCAAGCACUUAUAUCCGAACGACAGAGGACCGAUGCGUCCCUCCUGUAUUUCAGGAUAUUUGUCUUGCUUACCCAAAAGAGGCCAAUGUACCUAUUGACGUUAAGGUGCUUAACUGUUCCCAUGCUCCUUACGCCAAAUAUCCCGACCAACUUGCCGAUAUGGUGGUUGAAGUAACCCGUUUUAAAACCGGCUGAGCUUUUCUCCCAUAAAAUCUCCAAGAAAAUCGAAACACAGGCGGAGUGGCGGUUUAUUAUAGCUUUCUGCUUUUGCCAAUCUCCGAGACUAACAAAUUGCAACCGCAAAGACUACCCAGAUAAGAAUGCUUCUCUGAGCAGAAAGCUACUAUUCAUGUACUUAAGAUAGAUAAUUACGAUUUAUAGGCAGUUUCGUAAUUUCUCCAAUCCACAGCGGCCAUGUCGUGGUGCUUGUGCGUUUAUCGUCGCACUAACAAUAGUCAGU